AUGAUCCUCUGCUUCAUCGUGAUGAUGAACGUUCUCCCGGGCGUCGCCAUUAACAGCUACCUCAUGGACCCGAUGAGGAUGAUGAUAACGCAUCGGGCGGUGCAGAAGUUUUUAGAAUUCAAGCAUAACGUUGAACACCUGUGGUCACGGACAACAACUCCAAAGUUUGCAGCACAGAUUUACAGGCUAUCACAACUUCGAAACUCGCCUCUUAAGGUUUAUCGACCGGAACCUCUAAGAAGAAUACCAAACUUCACCGAAGAAGUGUACCCAAAACGACUGAUACUUGUAACUACUCCAAAAAAGAUGAUAUUCAAUGCAGAGAAUAUAUUCCGUGUUCCAAAAAUGGAUAAUAAACCAAAUUUACCACGCUAUCCUUUUGGUCGUCGAUAUACAUUUUUCCCAUUGAAUACAAAUAAUUUCGAUAAGAGUAAAUUGUUCCUCCAUAUAAACCAGUACCCGCAAAUAAUACCAAACUUACCAAGUAUCGACAUAUAUAAUGAAUUUCCAACAAUAAGGAAUCAAUAUCGCCCUAGAGUAAUUAGCAGUGCAGAGAUAGAUCCACAACUUAAAGUUAAUGGAACAAUUACCUUAGAAAUUCCUACCGAGAGAAAGAAAAGGGAAAACGGUUUGUUCACAUUAAAAAUUCCUUACCUAAUUCAGAAUGUUCUCUCCUGUAGGUCAAGUUAUCCUCGAUGUCUAUCAGACAAAAAGUUCUGGCCUUUACUCGGAAGAUAUGAGCCAUCAGAUAAAAAGAAACUGGAAAAGAGAUCGCACGAGAUUAGUUCUUGUGAUGUUCAAGAGCCAAAGUUGAAGCGAGAAAUCUGGCCCCUCCUAGGUGGCUAUAAUCAAGUUCCUUUAUCACAACAAAAACAGAUCGAAAACGGAUUGGCGGAUCACCUCUCACCUGUACUAGCCAGCAAGAGAAGUAAUGAGAUGCACUUAAUUAGUAAACUGAGCGAGAUGAAAGCUAAGGAGCACAUCGCCGAGGACAACAGGCUGGCCGAGAUGCACAAGACCCAGGAGGCGAAGCGGGACUUCCAGGAGCGGAUCGCUGAACAGCUGGACCUGCUGUCGGAGGCGAAGAGGGCAGACCUGAGGGCGAAGAGGGCCUUCGAGAAGGUGGUGAAGCUGGAGCGAGGUUUGUCCGAGCAGGAUCGCCAGCUACACAGGUUAAAAGAGUUCGAAGACCAGCUCUACGAAGAACUGCUCGAGUCGGAAGCUGAGGUGGCGCUGGCGGACAUGCAGAUCAUCCCCAAGUUCAUCAACGAAGAAGAUCUGCAGGAGUUCAUGGCCGGGCCAAGGUUCGGUUUGGACUCGCCUCGCAAAAAAUAA